AUGCUUGCGUAUACAAGACUCCUACAACAACAGUAUAAGCUACUGGGAGGAGGUAGCAAACUAUACUGCUAUGUUAGAUACUAUUCUUCAACUACAGCACCAAUUGUGUUUAUAGACAAGCUUUUGGAGGGAUCGAAAUACAACAAUAACAAUAACAACAACAACAGCAACAAUAACAAUAACAAUAUCAACAUCAUCAAUUACAUUAUCCAACCAAAUGAAAAGAACCAAAGUACAGAGGCACAACAACAGCAGCAACAGACUCAACAAUCUCCUCUACAACAAAGUCCUCAUUUAAAGCACAACUCUUUCUUACAAUAUCUUUCUUCGGCAACACCAUAUAUCGUUACAACCUCUCCCGAUGACACAGACUUCUCGAUAUAUCAUCCAAAUCGUGUGCAUCCACCUCUUGACUCUUCCUCUACUUUGCGAAAGCGACUCUUUAGGAUUAAGGAGGUCAGUGCGAAUGGUUACAUCAGAAUACGGGAUGCUCUCCCUGAAGAGAGUGCAUUCAUAUAUAUGUAUGAGAUCAAGCGAGCGCUCAACAACAAUACCAGCUUCAACCUGUCAGCUUAUAUGGAUAGAGACGACCAACAAUCUUUCGAUAGACUCAUGCAAGAGGCCAAGGACACGGGCGUAAACAUGGAGACCAUUCAUUUAGACAUCAUAUCAUUCAAUGCUAGAAAAGGUCAUCUGGACUCUGCUGAACAAAUCGCCACAACAGGAAUCCAGUCCCGGAUCACCAAAAACAUACUCCUAUCGUUUAACAUCAUGUUGGCACACUAUAUUAAGCGCCUGAUGUACAAGGAGGCUUAUGUCAUGAUGCACAAGCUGAUCAACAAUCGUAGUCCACCCAUUUCACCAAACGAGGACACAUAUCGACCAAUACUUGGAUUGAUCCGCCACCAAAUCAAUAGACCACAAAACAAUCGAUCCGACAUUAACAUGGACACAGAGCACAUUAAUGACCUGGUGUCAUACCUGGACACAAUGGUCAGUCACCCAACCAUCUUUAGACAGUUCUCUCGUUCAGAGUUUGACAGUGCCUUUGUUUAUGCCAUUACUAGAAAGAGAAACACAUUGUAUGAUAUUCUGCUGAAGGAAUACGGUCAGACCUUCAAGCAUAAGACAAACUCUCGACUGUUCAAACAAUACUUUGGACGCCAAAUACAACAACGAACUGAUCUUUAA